AGAACCCGAAAAGGAGAGCCCUCGCCCGCCCGCCCACUCAGCAAACCUUUCGCGCUGUUGGGCUCCCCACCUCCCCCGUCCCGUCCGCCACUCCGCCGCGCCCGCCUCCCACCCCGUGAGUCGCCGCACGGGGGGAGGACGGAGGAGGCUACCGCCGCGACGCAGCCUUGCCGCUCCAGCCUCCAGGUCCGGCCCCGCCUCGUUUCCAUGUCUAGCUAGUGUCCGGGACUCCGGGCGAUAGGUUACUUGGGUUCUCCUGGGUUGCGUUGCGUGCUCCACCGACCUGUUCUCGGCGCCUUCUCGUCCUCCGGAUGGCCAACGGGAGCCUCCACGUCUCGUGGUGCCGCGCCUUGGUCUGCGCGCUGGCGCUCGUCGCAGCGGACGGCUUGCUCGUGGACAUCACCUACGUGGAAACCGCGCCCGCCGUGGCCAAAGGAGCAGUGUGCUUGGAUGGGAGCGCGCCGGCGUAUCACCUCGCCCGCGGCUUCGGCUCCGGCGUGAACAGCUGGCUUGUGCAUUUUGAGGGGGGAGGAUGGUGCAACAAUGUCACGAGCUGCCUGCAACGGAAGCGCACGCGGCUGGGGUCCUCCAAGGAGAUGGCGACGCAGAUUGCCUUCUCCGGAAUCCUGAGCGACACGCCGGAUUACAACCCAGACUUUUACAAUUGGAACAAGGUCAAGGUUCGGUACUGCGAUGGAUCAUCUUUUACCAGCGAUGUCGAACAAGUCGAUCCUACAACAAAGCUACACUACAGAGGUGCAAGGAUAUGGCAAGCUGUCAUGGACGACCUGCUCGCCAAAGGGAUGGACAAAGCUGAAAACGCUCUAAUAUCAGGAUGUUCUGCUGGCGGUUUAACCUCUAUACUACACUGCGACAGAUUUCAUGACCUUCUACCACCGAGUGCCAGGGUUAAAUGCCUUUCUGAUGCUGGUUUCUUCAUCAAUGAGAAAGAUGUUUCUGGAGUGGGGCACAUUGCUGCCUUUUUCAACGAUGUGGUUACAACACAUGGUUCAGUGAAGAAUUUACCUUCUUCGUGCACUUCAACCUUACCUCCAGGACUGUGCUUUUUGCCCCAGAACGAGGUAAACCAGAUACAGACACCUCUGUUCAUCCUCAACGCAGCAUAUGAUUCUUGGCAGGUAAGGAACAUUUUGGUGCCCGGAGUUGCUGACCCUCCGGGUACAUGGCGUAGCUGUAAGCAUGACAUAGACCAGUGUUCUGCAGCGCAGCUCCGGGUACUACAGGGAUUCAGGGAUGAUUUUCUGAAGGCAGUGGCGGAACAAGGGAAUUCCGCCUCCAGAGGGCUGUUCAUAAACUCAUGCUUCGUUCACUGCCAGUCCGAGACACAGGAGCUGUGGUUUUCAUCUGACUCCCCCAUGCUCGGAAACACGACGAUAGCAGACGCCGUUGGCGCCUGGUUCUUCGACCGAAGCCCGUUCCAGAAGAUCGACUGCCCGUACCCUUGCGACUCGACCUGCCACAACCGGGUCUACGAUGACCCGUCACGAGCAUAGCAAUUACAGCAGCCUCACUUCCUACUGCCAUUCGUCACGCUACUACAUUUGACGCUCCAGCAUUGCUAACCGGUAUAGGGCAAUGCGUUGAUAGCAAUUGAUUGAUUGAAUAAAAAGAUCCGGUGCCGGAAGCUUCCAACGGCAGGUACAGGAUAGGAGCAGCUUCCUAUGUUUCCACUGCCCUGUAUUUUCGUCUGAUACUUACAUGAGCCACAUUGGUUCUUCAGAAGUGAGGCGGGACAGAUUAUUUUUACAGCAAAUAUGAUUUCACCUUUUAUAGAUUACUAUGAUACUCUA